AUCCUGAUUGCCAGUAUCAUGUGCAGCUAUAGCAGGGAGGACUGGACUGAACUUUCAAAAAUGGCUCAGGUUGCUGGCGCAGAUGCACUGGAGUUAAAUUUAUCAUGUCCUCAUGGUAUGGGGGAGAGAGGCAUGGGCCUGGCCUGUGGGCAGGAUCCAGAGCUCGUACGGAACAUCUGUCGCUGGGUUAGACAAGCUGUUGAGAUUCCUUUCUUUGCCAAGCUGACCCCAAAUGUCACUGAUAUUGUGAAUAUUGCAGUGGCUGCGCAGGAAGGUGGCGCAGAUGGUGUUACAGCCACCAACACCGUGUCAGGACUGAUGGGACUGAAAGCAGACAGCACACCUUGGCCAGCAGUCGGUGGAGGACUGAGGACCACAUAUGGUGGCGUGUCAGGAAAUGCCAUCAGGCCCAUCGCCCUCCGCGCAGUGUCUGCCAUAGCCCGUGCUCUUCCCGGAUUUCCCAUCUUAGCAACUGGAGGCAUCGAUUCUGCUGAAAGCGGACUUCAGUUUCUGCACAGUGGGGCUUCUGUUUUACAGGUGUGCAGUGCAAUCCAGAAUCAAGAUUUCACUGUUAUUGAUGACUACUGUACUGGGCUGCAAGCUCUUCUUUACCUGAAAAGCAUUGAGGAACUUGAAGACUGGAAUGGACAGAGCCCUGCAACCAUGCGCCAUCAGAAAGGAAAACCAGUACCUAGUAUUGCUGAUCUGAUGGGAAAGAAACUGCCCAAUUUUGGGCCUUACCUGCAACAACGCCGAAAGAUAAUAGCUGAGAACAAGCUUAAGCUGAAGGAACAGAGCGUGGCUGCUGUGCUUGCCCAGAAAAAGCAUUUCAUUCCUAAGAAGCCCAUCCCAGCUAUCAAGGAUGUAAUUGGAAAAGCACUGCAGUAUAUAGGAACAUAUGGUGAGCUCUGCAACACGGAGCAAGUCGUGGCUCUGAUUGACGAGGAAAUGUGCAUCAACUGUGGCAAAUGUUACAUGACCUGUAAUGAUUCUGGCUACCAGGCUAUCCAGUUUGAUCCCGAAACCCACGUGCCCGUGGUUACUGACAGCUGUACAGGCUGCACCCUGUGUCUCAGCGUCUGCCCCGUUAUCGACUGCAUCCGCAUGGUUUCCAGGACAACACCCUACGAACCAAAGCGCGGGCUGCCCUUAGCCGUGAACCCCGUGUGUUGAGGUGCUCAGCUCAACUUUACACUUGUUUGAUGCGAUUGAUUUGCUUUCUAAUUAGCCCU